AUGUAUGAAUUUAGAAAGAAAAUAACGAUUAUUACAAGAAAAGCACAUAACAGACAAAAUAAUUAUAGAAAUAUUUCAAAAUUUAUAUUGAACAGCGGAGUACUCUACUUUGGUUUAAUCUUACUGUGUAUACUGAAUGUACAAGCAAUCUUGACAUCCAAUGAGGUUGGUGCAAUUUACAUAGCGAACAUCUAUAAGCAGUUUAAACUGAAAGAUAAUACAAUAAUUAUAGACUUAUUUGGACCAUCCUUUUUACUUGGUAUGCACAUAUUAGACCAAUGUACGUUAUUGGGUAUUAUAAAACCAUUUCCUAAGCUAUCCAGCUCUAUUCCAGAAUUAAGCCCAGAAUUAAAUGAAAGCACUUCUGUGAAAAAUGAAGAUUCUACUUAUAAAUAUAAGAAAAGCUAUCUGAGUGUAAUGAAGAAAAUAUUUCCGUACAGUGACCGUGAUAGUACAAAUAUAUUUAAUAAGAAUCCUAGGUCAUUCUAUGGGUUUCUUAAAAACAAACCAACAAGUGAGUAUAAUAAUAGUAUCCUUUGUUGGCUGCUAAUUCUUUCAGAGGGCAUAGAGUCUCCAAUAGAAAUUAAAAAUAACAGAAUUAUUUUAAAGGGGGAGAACCAUAUAACACUAGAAAUCCCUUUAAAGAACAAGCCAUCUACUUGUGGAUCUAAUAAUUUGGAUGCGUCCACAGAAGACUCAGACGAUGACGUAUACUACUCAGAUGUACAGGAAAUAAUUGAAUUUUUUAUAAAUAAUAGGAAUAAUCCAUUAGUUACUAAUGGGGGAAUAUAUGGCGAGCCAUUAGACCCAACUAAGUUUUCGAUGGCCGAUUAUAUAUUUAGUCCACGGUAUCUUAUACAGCUGUAUAUAUAUGAGUAUUUAACAACAAUAGAUAAAUUAGAAGAUUUUAUUAGAAUGCUGCAUAGUCUGCUUGUAAACAGGAGGACCAGUCCCAGCGUCUCAAAAGAAACUGGUAGGUAUGCACAAGUAAUUUUCAAUAAGUAUUUUAUUUGCAGGGCGAAUUUCAAUUGGCGGCAUAUACUUUUAUGCUAUCUAAACAGACUUGAUGCGGCUCUUUAUACACAGAAGAAUUACAUAAUGCCGGCGAUUCCUAAAAAUACUCUUCACAGUACUAAUUCAAGUAUUUCUAUAGAAGAAAAAUCCACUCAGAGAAAUCGUGGCAUGGAAAGGGUGCUACUCUACUUAUUCCGCUGCUUUGCAUUUGAUGUGGGAGCAAAGCGGUACAAACUAGACCAUCUUCAAAACAUAUCAACUGAAUUAAAAGAAUUCUUCAAUAAGUAUGACAGACCAAACAGUAUGGAUUAUGAUAUUCCCCAUGAGUGGAGUAGAAUUGUUUCUAAUGCGAUAAGUAAAUUUACUCUAGACCUCCCAAAGAAUAUAGAGAUUAAAGACACGAAUUUUUUAAAUAUGUUCUAUUUAACCAUGCGGUUAGCUGGAAUAUCAGAAGAAGCAAUAUAUAUAGAUAUGUUUAAAAAAUCCUGCCGUGGUUUAGGAGAUAAAAAUGAAAAUGGAGAAAUUAAUAGUAUAGUGUUUAAGAAGAAUGAAAAAUUACACAUGUUUGUGCAGAAGAUUUUUAAACUCUUUUCCAGGGGGUGUAGUAAUCGCACUCAAAAAAGUAAGCAAUUAACACUAGACCUUAUUCUUGAUGAAGGAGCAAAGGAUUCUCAUGAACCAAACUGCACUGCACACAAAAUUAAAUUGAAGUAUACAAGGGACCGCACUACAUUUACUGUGAUUAUUGGACUGUACUCAGAUGGGUCUAUGGAAAUAUUUAGUAGUCCAAUUGUUGCUGUUGAUUCAUUAGAUUCACAGCUUUAUAAUAUACCAAAAAUACAUUCCGAUAUAAAAAAGACAACUCCAUCGAUUAAACACUUUCCUUUUAUAUGCCAUGUAGUUGAAAAGUUUAUAGAAUAA